AUGGUCGACCCUGGAAUGACUUUUGCCAGACCUGCAAGUCAGACCGCCUCCCUGCCAAGCAAAAUACUCGCUCGGAUCAGCCAAGCACUUCGGAACCCGGGUGAAUCUGAGCCUUGCCUUGUGGUCAGUCAGCAAACCUUCAUUGCCCUGUUCACCAGACAACUGGCGAUGUAA